UUGGUGUUCGUAUCUCGAGCGAACAUAAUGUCUGUAUGACGGCUGCAAGGAUUGAAACAAGUGCUGUCGUGUUUAGAUGACCGACGCCGAAUGUUGGUAUGGAUGUUUCGCAAAGGGAGGCGGGGUUGCGGGUGGAUACGAACGCUUCGCUUUCUUCGCGUCGAUCGAUACGCUAGAUUUGGGCGCCGCUUGCCUACUCACCCCCUAUGCAUUCGCCCUCGCGUUUGUCGUCUACGCCAAUAGUGUACGUGCCUCCGGCUUGCGAGUAGUGACGCAUCUAUAUUAUCCUAGGAUUGCCAGCAUCGACGUAUGCGACGUGCGCUAGGGUGCCGACUCGCCCUAAUCGUGGGCUAAGCUUCGAGGUUAUGUCGAGGUUGUCGAGCUUCGAAAAGCGGUGGCGGCGAUCUGGUGAGGAAGAUAUUUAUCGCGGCUAAUGGGUCCGAGGAGCGGGUGGGCCGGGGCCUCAAAGGUCCUGCGGCCAACCCGGUCGCGAGUGCGGCCCUUGUUCCAGGAACAUCAGACACCUUACCAAAGAGGAGGUAGCUUGCUAAAUCUACUCAUUUUUACUUGGGCAAUUGUCGUCGGAGUUGGGGCGCUGCCACGUCAGGUUGCCGCGGAGAAGAACAAAGAUUAUUUGAUGAGUAAUCUUUGCAAAACUCAAUUUAUGCGGGAUUUAUAUUGGAAGAUAGACGGAGCCGUUAUUACGUCUCAAAAUGAAAGAAAUCUCGAUUGCGCCGUCACUUUCCAAACGUACAGUAUAGUUCAACGAUUUAUGUUAAAAUUUGAUCGAUUGCAAUUGGAUUGUAAUGAUCAUCUUUAUAUAUAUGAUGGAGCACACUCUGUUGGUAAUUUUAAGGCUGAUUUGUCUUGCAGAAAUACAAUGCAAAGCGUUGGAGCCAUCUACACGCAUACAAACUUUGUUACUUUAAAGUACGUAACAGAUGCCUGGGGGACCGAUACGAAUGGAUUCCGUCUCGUUAUUACAGCCGUUAAAGAUCCUAGACAUACCUGCAAUGAUUUUCGAUGCAAUUUGAAAGAUUUCUGCAUACAUAAAGAUCUUGUCUGCGAUGGUAUUAGUCAUUGCGAAGAUGGUUCUGAUGAAGCCACUUCCACUGCUUGUGUCAAUAUGGAGGCUUCCACUAUUCUGGGCAUGGAGAGCACUUGGUUUGCAAUGAUGAUGAUUUGCAUAGUUUUAGCUACAGCAGGCCUUGUGACAGCUGCAGUUUUGUGCUUUUACAGAAAACGCAUGCCAAUGCCGCGACAUCCACAUAAUUCACAUAACCCUCAAGGACAUCUACCCGUCAACUAUCCCUGUGAGAAAAGUACCACUCAUAUUUUGUUAAAAAUUUGUAUGCUCAAAGAUUAA